GAGGUUGAGGAGGCUGAGGAGUUCUGUGCCCAGGCAGCUCGUGCCACCAGGGAUCUUGCCAGAGCAGAAGCAGAAAUAGAAUUGCUACAACAACUCCUCAAAGAGAAGGAAGAGCAACUUCAGCACGAAGUUGAGAGGGCUGGUGAGAAGACUAUGGCCUCAAGGGCUCAGAAGUUUGAGAUUGAUAAAUUGAACCAAGUUAUGGAGCAACAGAAAGCAGAAAUUGAUCGAUUAAGAUGGUUGUUGGAUAAUAUUGGGACAGGUAACAAAGAUGAAAUCAACAACUUACAAGAUGAAAUUGCAGCCCUCAAAAAACUGCUCUCCCACCAGAACGAUUAUAUCACCAGCAUAGCAGAUCCAUGGAAGAGAAGAGGGUACUGGUAUUACAUGCCAUCAUCACAGGCUUCAACUCCUGCUUCCCACAGCACAAAGGACUCUGGAGUGUGUUUAGGGUGCUCUGGCACAUCCCCAGGCAGGAGAGAGCGUGCUCAGGACAGGCUGCGUGGGAGGGAGGACAUGCCCAGCCAAGGAGGACGUUGGGUUUAUUCACCAGUCAGAAAUAGGUUGUCCGAAACAAGUUCUGGUAAAGACAGAAGAGCACAAGCAGAUGGUGAAGGCCAUGCAGGAACUCCUGUCCCUGAAGCCUCUCCCUUUGUCCCUCCGCCCGGCACAGUCAUUUACACAGCCCUCCCAGAUGGUGCCCCUGCACCCCAGGGCACAGGGGUCUAUGCCCCUCCUCCUGCUGCAGCCACUGGAGCUUCAGUUGCCCCUGGAACCAUUAUCCAUGGGCCACCUCCUGCAGGAGCUCAGGUUGUUUAUGGCCCUCUCCCUCCAACUUUCACAGUCCCACUCAUUCCUGUUGGAGUGCUCCACUGCAACGUGCCUGAGCAUCAUGAUUUGGAGGGAGAAGUCUCUAGGCUAGAAGACACUGUCUGUUAUUUAAAGUCUCGGAAAUACAAAGAGAAAUGCUCAGAGGCAGCUGAGCAUAAGUACAAAAAAGAGGUGGAUAAAUUGCAUCAAAACAUUGAAGAGCUUGUGCACGAGAGAGCUGAGUUGGAAUGUGAAGUGGCAGAGCUGAGAAGAGCAGCUCAGAAACACAGCAAGCACAGGGACUUUAUUGAAGGGUACACUGACCACCUCGUGGCAGAGCUGCAGCUGGAGAAGUCCCUUAGGCAUCAGGAGGACAUUGCAGAGGAGAUUGGGUGUGUGGAGAAGACCCUGCUGAGGCGCCGAGCAGAGCUCAGGGAGGCAGACAGACUCCUCACUGAGGCUCAGGUGGAACUGGAGAGCACCCGAGGGAAGACCAAAGACACCAUUCAGAAGUACAACAGUGCCAGGCAGCACUUGUCCCACACUGAGACAGAGGCAAAAGAGCUGGAGCAGAGGGCUCAGGACAUGGCCACUAAACUUGGGAAAGCAGCUCAGCAGCUCAGGCUGUUACAGAAAGACACAAGGGAUUUGGAGCAGCAUAAAAGGGAACAAGAAGGUGUUCUGAAGGAAAUCAACAAAACCAUGGCUGCAAGAGACUCUGAGUUCCAGCUGUUAAACCAGAAGAUAGAAAUGCUAACUGAACGUCUGCAGAAGCUGCAGGGAGAUAUUCGAGUUGCAGAAGGUAAUGAGGAACAUCACCUGCAGAUCAUCAGAGAAGCAGAAAGCCUUGUUCAAGACAAGAAAGCUGAACUGGAAACACUGAAAAAUCAGGUAAGUGCUCAGCAGCAAGAGCUCUUGUUCCUGGAGCAACAGGUGAAUCAAAGGACUGAAGAGCUCCACCACCUUCAGGGCUGUAUUUCUCAAAAGAAAGAUGACCUCAAAGAAGUUCUUCGAGAUGGAGAGACUGAGGCACAUGAAAAACUCCGACAAAUCAGA